AUGCAACCCCAGUACAAUGCCACCGCCACUCGCUACGGCCUCGGGUCUGCACCAUCCAAGAAGACAAUGCUGGCGAAAACUUCCGACACCGGUACCUCAGCCAGUGCGGUGGCUGGCCCCUCAGGAAGCAUGACGUACUGUCUGCCCUGUGAACCUCCCAAGGAGUGCGAGUACAUCAAACUCAAUUCUGAUGACGAGGAGUGGGUUCCAAAAGACGCUCUGGUACCAGACACUGGAGACAAGGACACAGAUGGAGAGACAGACCAGGAGGAGGAAGAUAAAGAGCAGCCAGAGGAGGCCAACACCAUUGACCAAGCGCAACUUGAUGCAGCUGAAGCAGCAGAGGUCGAUGCCCAGCUGGAGGCAUUGACCAGACUGACUGACGCCCUUGCUCGCUGCUAG